GCAAAUAGAAACCAGCAGCCAAGAGUGAGAGCAGGCAUUCCUACAAAGAGGGUCUCAGAGCGAUGUGAGAACAAGAACAAGGGGGCACAACUUCAGGGAAGCAGGAGAGAAAGAGACUUCAUUUCACUGCAACUGGAAGUUCAUUUACUGCUUUCUGAAACUUCUGUUCAAACAUGUACUGGAGGAAAACUCUGGAUCCAGGAUCAAGCUGCACACAAGAGUUGGACGAUUAAAAGCAGAUUGAGGUUGAGAUUUGACUUCAAUUGCUGCUUCUUGUUUUUGUUAUUUUUGUUUUGAUCAGGAUUGUUUUGAGCAUUGAACAUGAUCAUGGCUGACCUGAAGUGGGCUGUGAGGACUCUGCUUGGACUGAGCUGUAUCCUAGCUGCUCAGGGACAGGGGGAACCCCCAGACAGUAACCCCUGGAGGCAGAUGAUCCAGUGGGAGAACAACGGCCGGGUUUAUAGCCUGCUGAACAGUGGAUCAGAGUACCUCCCAGCCGGUCAGGACCGCAGCCACAGGAACCCUCAGGUGUUGGUCGGAGAUACCUCCCGUAGUUCGCGGAGGACCCAGGGAAACACACGCAGGCAGGCCCCAUCAACACCUUCCCGAGGGACAUCUGAGACCAUCAGGGGACAGACAAGACACCCUUUCGGAUUCGGGCAAGUGCCAGAAAACUGGAGGCAGGGGGGAGACGCCAGCAGUCAAUUCCGACCUUCCUCCACCAGCAGGUUAAGGCAAACUGGGUCAUCGUCUUCUUCUUCUUCUUCUUCCUCUUCUUCAUUUUCCCAAUCAUCUUUCAACGUGCCUGCUUACCCACAGUACCCCUUCCCCCAGCAGCCUUCUUACCCUGUUCCCUAUGACCCCCAUCCUGUGGAAUUACCAUCACAGGGUCGGGGCCAUGAAGGCCAGUAUUACAGAGGAACUGGGUAUGCUGGGGGUGGUAGUUUUACUGGGGCAGGACAACAGUUGCAGCCUAGACCCCGUUACGAAGAUUAUGGUGAGGAAGCCUACAGAUAUCAACCUCAAGGACACAAUCCAUCACUAGGGAGACCCUAUGUGCCCAAUGCUGCCCCUCAGCAGCCGCCACAACCUCCAUUUUCAGACGGCCUGGACCGCCGCUACACUCACAGUCUCUACCAUGAAGGGGCUGCAGCCCCAGACCCAUCAUCUCAGGGUACCUGGAACUCAGCUGCAACCCCGGACAGGGUCAUCCCCCCUGUCCGGAGCCCACAGUAUGAGCAGUACCCCCCCUUCCAGAGAAUGGAUCCCCUGCCAGCCACAGGGACAGAGGAACAGCCUGCCUCGCUGCCCAGAGUCAGUGUGGGGAGUGUCUACAGGCCAGUCCAGAGAGGAUUGCCAGACCUGGUCCCUGACCCCAACUACGUCCAGGCCUCCACCUACAUCCAGAGGGCCCACCUCUACUCCCUGCGCUGUGCUGCUGAGGAAAAGUGUCUCGCCAGCUCUGCUUAUGGUGCGGACACCACCGACUAUGACGUCAGAGUGCUUCUGAGAUUCCCUCAAAGGGUUAAGAACCAGGGCACAGCGGACUUCAUGCCCAACAGACCACGUCACACCUGGGAGUGGCACAGCUGUCACCAGCACUACCACAGCAUGGAUGAGUUCAGUCACUAUGACCUGCUGGAUGCAGCGACAGGGAGGAAGGUUGCUGAAGGACACAAAGCCAGCUUCUGCCUGGAGGACACAACGUGUGACUUCGGUCACCUGAAGCGCUACGCGUGCACAUCGCACACCCAGGGUCUAAGUCCUGGUUGCUAUGAUACUUAUAAUGCAGACAUCGAUUGCCAGUGGAUUGACAUCACAGAUGUCCAUCCAGGAAACUACAUCCUCAAGUUACAAGUAAACCCCAAAUACACGGUGCUGGAGUCCGAUUUCACAAACAAUGUGGUGAGGUGCAAUAUCCAUUACACUGGACGCGUAGUUACAACUACAAACUGCAAAAUUGCCCAGUCCUGAUAUAUUUCCUAAGGUCUGGAAAGUCUGGUUUCCAUGGAAAUGCAGUUCUGAAAACUAUGAAUGGAACCCAUGAGUCUGUUUACGAAACCAGAACAACCUGGGGCCCAGGAUAGCACUGACAAUGGUACUGAUGUCAACCAGCACUCAAGCACUGGGUCUACAAAGAACACUACGACAGCUUUCUAUUGUCUACAUCUCUUGUAUUACUAUUAUUUCGUUAGAAGAGGAGUUCAUUGGGGUUACUCAAUACAUUUAUUUACGGAAAAGACCUUGCUAAGAUCUCUAAAAGCCUCCAGAACAACCAUCAUGUCUCACGGAUUGCAUCCAGAUGACCUAUCAUUCUUGAACGAAGAGGCAAAGGCACUGAUCUGUCCUUUAAAAGUUCUUUUCUUAAUAUAAACAGUGGUCUUCCACAUAAGUUAUACUCUUAAAUAUUGGUAUUAAUGUGUGUCAUGAAAUGUGCUUCUUAUCUGCAUGUGUCCAGUCUGAAUCCCCCACCUAAUAAGCAGUUUGAUUCACCAAGGAGCAGUUUAGCGCUGGAUUGAAUAUUCCAAAACUACCUAUCACACAUGUGAAUGGUCUUACAGUAUUCCAUUCAUUCAAUUUGUUCAAGUUUUCAUUGCUUUGUUGUUUAGCGGUGGUAAGUUAAUACCAUACCUUUGGGGCUACUGUGAUAUAAACCUAAAAAAAAAUCACUGUUAAUCAAGUUAAUUAAUUAUCAAAACAUUAUUAUAGUUUAAAUAAAAUAUAAAGAGUUAAUAAUAAAGUAAGGACCCGAUCAUAAUGAAACUGGAAGGGUGUCUAAUAAUUGCCAAAUGAUUUUGAUCGAAUAUCUUUUAAUAGCUGUUGGGUGCUUUAGAGAACGCUCUCUUAUAGCAAUAUGCGAUUGUUCUGUUCACACACUAGCAAAUCAAUCCAGCAAGUUGCUACAGUAUAAGAGUAACAACACAUAAACAAACAAACACAUACACACACAAUAAGAGCUAGAAAAGAUUUUAAAACGAUUCUGUUUUUUGCACUGGCACCGUGCUUGUGUAACAUCCGUAAACAUUUCCCUUUCGUUUUCUUUCUCUCCACUGUGAGAGGCAGCUGUUUAGUUUGGCACGAUGUUAGUGCUCCUUCACAUUUCUCAUUGUGUAAAUACGCUUGUCCUUCCUUAAGCCCCCAUUCCACCCAAUUACUUUUGACAGACUCCAAUGGCAGAACAUUUCUAAUGCAAUAUCCUGAGAUGGUAUUGGCAGCUCUACAGCUGAUUGGAUUGUAAUCACUGAGCACUAUAGACAGAUAUUAUUAUUAUUAUUAUUAUUUAUUUCUUAGCAGACGCCCUUACCCAGGGCGACUUACAAUUGUUACAAGAUAUCACAUUAUACAUUAUUUCACAUUAUACAGUUAUCACAUUAUUUUUACAUACAAUUGCCCAUUUAUACAGUUGGGUUUUUACUGGAGCAAUCUAGGUAAAGUACCUUGCUCAAGGGUACAACAGCAGUGUCCCCCACUGGGGAUUGAACCCACAACCCUCCGGUCAAGAGUCCAAAGCCCUAACCACUACUCCACACUGCUGCCCUAUAAGCAGGAACAGCAUUCUUCUAUUUUCUGCAUUUGUAUACAAUCAUUACAUUUUUUAAUCAAAUGAGAUGCAUAUUAGGGAAUCAUUUAUGGCUGUAAACUAAAUACAGAUGGUUUUAUUAUGCAAUUGCCUGUUUCCACUUCUCUCAGGCUGUUUAUAAUGAAAUCCCUGUUUGCAGGCCUGAAGGAUAAAGUUAUAAAGGUAUGAGCAAAUAUACAUACACUCCCAUCCCAAGCACUGACUUGGAGCUAGCUCAAUCCGGGAGCGACGCCAAACAUUUUAUUCAUGUUUCCAAUUACACCCUAAUUACAGGAUAAAGAGUCAUUAAAAGCAUCUAUAUGAAUGAGCGUCAUAUUUAUUUUGCAGUUACAGCCUUUGUGAUACCCAGGACUUACUAAUCAAGGAUUCUCAAUAAUUCUGUGCGUGUCUGUCUAAUCCCCUGUUAGUGGAGUUCCACCGAAUUUUCUUUGGAGGAGCACACGAUCCUUGCAGCUGGAUACAGUGUGCAACCACAUAUGCUGACCAGAUACUAAUUUGUUUGGUCUAUGGGGAAGCUAAUGUUUGAUAAAGUAAAGCUAUCCCCCCUGCAGCAAAUAUAGUAAUGUAUUUCCUCCAGUAUAGUGCAACAAAGAAGUCCUGUCUGAUUUCCUCUUUUACAACUAGAAUGUUUAACACAAUCAAGACAGUCGCCCUUAGGGAAGCUGUAUAAAGAACUUAUGAAGCCACAUCCCUGUGUUGCCCUUCUGGCUCUAGCUUCUCAUAGCUGACUACACAAUGCUGACUUUCGCAAUGGCGUUGGGUUCACUUUAUAAAUCUUGAUCUGCUACAGACAGACUGGGUGGAGGGUAAUUAUUUACAACUAAACAUGUACACGCUGGGGUUAACAUGCUUUUACAAUGCAUUGAACAAGGAACACGGCUUAUUUUUCAUUAUAAAACACGAUAUUUGGUACAACAUGCUUUCAGAAAGCGGUUACACCUUCCGGAUAAUUUCACCUCAGCCGUGCUUUUCUGUCAAAGCAUGUUACUAGCAUGUCAGUCACCAGGGAAAGCAGCAGCUAAUGGCAGGAAAGAAGCCGUUGAAGGUUGGAGACAAUUUCACAGCAUGGUUUGCAAACAGAGAUUCCUUAAUUGAGAUCUAUAUAACUAAUGAAAGUCCAUAAAAGGUAUGAUUUAUGGAAUUAUGUUGUGAGCUACAAUCACUUUCAGUUUGGUGGGUCAGUGGUUUGAGGCCUUAUCCAAAAUUAUCAACAACUUUAAAUUAGCACAGGAUAUACUGUAUCAUUACCUUGCUGUACAGUUACUUUUUUAAAAAGGGGCCUUGUCAGGGAUGGUUUGUCCCUUUUGCUUAGCAAUGAAAUCCUGGGCUUCUUUUUGGGUGCUAUUGAGUCUAGGGGUGUUACUUGCAUCUUUACGGUACUGUUUUCCCUUUUCUUACAUGGAAAAGUGCUUGAAAUUGAACUACUGACGUUGGAAGCAACUCCUCACAAACUUACUGAGAAAAGGAGAAGUGUGGAGGGGGUCUCUGGCAUUAAUAAAGCAAUACCGUGAGCCCUGAACUCAGGGAGUUAUUGUGUUGUACUGUAGCUGGAACCCUACUGUGAGGUUUCUGUGCUGAGUAAUGUGGGAUGUUACUGCAGGGGAUAGCUAUGGUGGCUGGGAAGUGCAAAGAGGUAGCAAAUCUACACAGAGAAGUAGCUGCAAGUCCCCUGGUUGCACUUCUCAGACCCCGUAAAUAGCCACCGUAGAUAGCAGACAUUGAAAAAUACAUUCAUAAAUACUUUUACCGUGUAUACUAGUUUUAUUAUUUAAUUUCACCACUUUUUCCCUUUUUUAUAUAUUAUGUUUUCAAAAUAUAUUUUGACACUGUAUUUUUUUUAUAUUUGCUUUUUUUCAAUGAAGGUUAAAAAACAUUUGAAAUGUUUUGUGUAAACAGUUCUUUACCAUUUAAACUAUCACAUGCCUUGUCUGUAUUUACAAUUUACAAUAUAUUUAUUUGAAAUUGUACUUUUUCACUUGCAGUAUUAAAGUUAUGGUUCACAUACCAUAUCUAAAAGUACUGCACAUGAAAAAGAUAAAUGUGGGAUUUCAAACAGUUCAAACAAAAAGAUUCUAACAUUGAAAGUGAAACAUGCAGAAGAGCAGUAUCUUGAUUGAAUGUACUUUAGAACAUUUCAAUUCAGUACAAUUAUAAGGAAAACCAUAAAUACAAGCAAGUAUAUGAUACAUUCCAGCACAUUUUUAGGUAACCAGAUAAUAAUAUUACUUUGCAGGAUUUAAACUUUAACAUCCUUUUAACAUUUAACAUUCCAAUACCUCAUCCCUCUGAAGCACACAUAAAUAACUCCACCAAAUAUGUCCAUGGUUUAAUGAUUCAUCUGAUAUCUAAAAUGAAGUAAAUGAACUUCCUAGUGAAAAUGUUAAGCUGGUAAUAGCUACCAACUCUGUUCCUAACAAUUAAGUCUUUUGAAACCGUCUAUGAAAGCAAAUACCCAAAUAAAGCAGCUUUUUUAUGUGUGGUACAUGGCAUGGCUACAAGUUAAAUAUAUCAAUUACUACAAUGUCCACAGUUGUUUUGUUUUUUUUGGGGUUUGUUUAUAAAACAAUAAAAUUCUGAAAUGAAAGUA